AUGGAGGCCUUCACGGCCGUCGCCGUCUGGGCAAUGACCUCGGCUUGCCGCAGUGUGCCUGUUACGCGCGAUUGGGCCAACGGCCUGUGCCCGCGGGGUGACGCUGAUCUGCAGGAGCUUGGAGCCAAGCUUUCCAGCACGGCUAAGGUGUACUUCCCUGGCUCAUCUGAGUUCAACGACGCAUCCGCACGGUGGUCUACACUGGCUGAGCCCAAUGUAACCGUCGUUGUAGUUCCCGGCACCGAGAGCGAUGUCGCUGAAACGGUCAAAUUCGCCAACAAGAAAGACCUACCUUUCCUCGCAUACAAUGGCGCCCACGGAGCCCUUACCACCCUGGGCCAAAUGACUCACGGCAUUGAGAUCUCCUUAAGUCAACUGAGUAGCGUUGAAGUCGCCGAAGAUGGGAAAACUGCCAAGUUCGGUGGUGGAACCAUCUCCAAGACUGUUACCGAUGAGCUGUGGAAAGUUGACAAGCAGGCAGGCAAGUCUAUAGUCUCUUACAUUCAAUCCAUGACCGGAACCUGUGAAUGCGUCAGUCUUCUCGGACCGGCACUUGGAGGCGGGCACGGCUGGCUUCAGGGACACCACGGCCUUGCUUCAGACCAGUUCCUCUCCAUGAAUGUUGUUCUUGCCAACGGAACCCUCAUAACGAUUGACGAAAAGUCAGAUCUCUGGUGGGCGAUGAAGGGAGCAGGCCAUAAUUUUGGCAUUGUCACCUCGCUUACUACCAAGAUCUUUGAUAUUGAGCACCGUGACUGGGCUAUUGAGACUAUUACCUUCAGCGGUGAUAAGGUCGAGGCUGUCUACCAGGCCGCCAAUGACUAUCUCUUGAAGAAUGGCACACAGCCCGAGGGUGUCAUCAACUGGUCCUACUGGAUGAACAACGCAACUGCAGACCCUAACAACCCUGUCAUCGUCUUCUACAUUAUCCAGGAAGGAGUAAAGACCGUAGACUCCAAGUACACCAAUCCCUUCCAUGAUAUUGGUCCGCUAUCCGUUGUGCACGACAGCGGCACCUACAAGGACCUCGCUACCUGGACCGGCAUUGCCGACUCCUCCAUUCCAUGCCAGAAAGCUGGCUACUCCAACCCCCGGUUCCCCAUCUACCUGGAAUCGUAUGAUCCUCAGGCCCAAAAGAAGAUCUGGGAUAUCUUCGCCCCAGCCAUCCGUGGAAACUCGGUCUUCAACAAUUCAAUGUUCCAGUUCGAGGGCUACUCUACCCAGGGCGUUCACAACACCAACAGCCGCUCGAGUGCAUAUGCCUUCCGCAACGAGCACCUUCUUGUCGCCCCGCUCAUCAACUACCUGCCUGGCGGCCCAGACCGUGACCGUCAGGCGCGUGCCUUGGGCACCCAGCUUCGCGACAUUCUCCACGAAGCGAGUGGCCGGAAGGACAUGCGCGCGUACGUCAACUACGCCUAUGGAGAUGAGACACCAGAGCAGUUGUACGGCAGCGAGCAGUGGCGUCAGAACCGCCUGCGAUCAUUGAAGCAGAAGUAUGACCCGGAGGGCAAGUUCAGCUUCUAUGCCCCCAUUCCUUAG